AUGUCAUUUCUAAGGUUGCCGUGUACGUUCGCUUUGGUUCUGUUAACCACAAGUUGUGUCUUUUCGACUGCAAUAACUGACGGCACUGAUACGGAUGAUCGAACCUUUGGACAUUUUUUGAAUAAAAAUAAAUAUGGUUAUACAACGCCGCCGCCAACUACAACAACUGCCGCUCCUACAAAAUCACCGUCGGAAACUCUCAAGGACCUUCUCCCGAUAAUAACUCAGGCUAUUAAGGAUGCUGGUAUCGGUGGAGGUACUGGUAGCGGUGGUGCUGCUGGAGGUACUGGUACCGGUGGUACUGGAACUGGAGGUACUGGUACCGGUGGUGCUACUGGAGGUGCAGGUGCCGGUACUACUGGUGGUGCUAAUGCAGGUGCAGGUGCCGGUACUACUGGAGGUGCAGGUGCCGGUACUACUGGAGGUGCUAAUGCAGGUGCAGGUGCCGGUACUACUGGAGGUGCUAAUGCAGGUGCAGGUGCCGGUACUACUGGAGGUGCUAAUGCAGGUGCAGGUGCCGGUACUACUGGAGGUGCCGGUGCUACGGGAGGUGCAGGAGCCGGUAUUACGGGAGGUGCAGGUGCCGGUACUACUGGAGGUGCUGGUGCCGGUACUACUGGAGGUGCUGGUGCCGGUACUACUGGAGGUGCAGGUGCAGGCGGUAGUGCUAGCGUUGGUGGUGUUACUGUUAGUGGUAAUGCUGGUGCAGGAACUAGAUAUUUCAAUUAUCCAAGUCCUUAUUAUUAUGCUCCACCCGUUGGUUCUGCUUAUAUGUCUCCACCUGCUAUAUAUGGUGCUCCACCGACUAAUUAUUAUGCUCCACCCGUUGGUCCUGCUUAUAUGCCUCCACCGUCUAUAUAUGGUGCUCCACCGACUAAUCAUUAUGCUCCAAUUUCAUCGUUGCCGUAUCCUUACUUUUAUUGA